AUGUUCGGCAUAGCUGCAAUGGGAAAUUUGACCGUCUUCGUCACUUUGUCACGACGAAGGCACCAAAAGUCUCGAAUGUCUCUGAUGAUGCGGCAUCUGGCAGCCGCUGACCUUCUCGUUACCUUUCUCACGAUACCGCUUGAAGUCUCAUGGCUUCUGGCGGCUCGGUGGAUGGCCGAAAACUCGGCAUGCCACUUUUUCCUGGUCCUGCAGGCGUUCGGUCUCUAUUUAUCGAGGAACGUCUUGAUCUGCCUUUCGUUGGACAGGUAUUUGGCGAUUUUUCACCCUGAAAAUGUGAGCGACGCCCUUCGUCGCGGCAAGAUAAUGCUGACUGUUGCUUGGAUCUGCAGCCUUAUCUACGCGUUGCUACCGUUCGUUAAAAUGCUUGGAUAUGAAGGUCUGUGA